AUGGUUAAUUGUAAGACUAUCAUCUCUGCUCUGGUCCUCUUGGUCCUUGCUACUGCUUCCCCUUUCCCUACUAAUACCAGCUUCUCUAUUAGACAGGUUGCUGUUAAAGCUCUAUAUAAUAUAGCCUUAGCAACCAGGUCCGAUUGGACCGACUCCGCUAUCGCUGCUCCGUUUAAACAUGAUAUCGUAUACCUUACUCCUAUUAAAGUUGGUACUAGUAACUUGCAAGUUGUCCUUGACACUGCUUCUGGUAAUCUAUGGACCUAUACUGCUGAAACCCCUUAUGUUGAAUCCCACGCUACUUAUAACCCCGCAAGUGGCAGAUUGAUGAAGGAUUAUUACUGGAAGUCUAUAAACGGAAGAGGCGUCGUUUUCCAAGGUCGAGUGUAUCGGGAUACAGUUUGUAUAGGUCAGCAUCUUACCUAUCACGACCAGGCUGUUCAGGUUGUUGAUGUUGUUGAACCCAUCACACAGGCGCUCAAUCCUAACAGACCAUAUGAUGGUAUUUUUGGAUUAGCUUUCUCUACAUUGAAUACUAUUUAUCCUAUAAAGCAGCAAACCUUCUUUGAUAAUAUUAAGAGCCGACUUAAUGCCCCCCUCUUUGCUGCAUAUCUUAAGCAUGAGGCACCUGGUAUGUUUGACUUUGGUUGGAUUGAUCUUAAGAAGUUUAAGGGGCCGCUUGUCUGGACGAAUGUUGAUGCUAGCCGGGGACUAUGGAAUAUUUCCGUUGAUGGAUAUAGUAUUGACGGCGAUUCCUCUAGUUCUAUCCCUUUCUAUGCUGCUAUCGACACUGGUACCUCCCUUAUUCUCCUUCCGGAGAGCAUUAUCCAAGCAUACUACAAAAAGAUUACUGGUUCCUAUAAAUAUUAUGCAACGGGUGGAUACUACUUCCCGUGCACUAUGACUACUAUCAUUCCUGACUUUAGGGUUAACAUUGGUGAACAUACCGCCGUUGUUCCUGGUGAAUUCAUGGUGUAUUAUCGCAAUACUACCCAUUGCUAUGGUAGUCUCCAACCCAGUCCUAGACCCGACGUCAAUUAUCUCGGCGCUGCCUUCAUUAAGAGCCAGUAUAUUAUUUUCCAUCACCACCCCGCAGGUCCCCGGAUCGGUAUCGCUACCCAGGCCUAA